AUGGCAAGGAGUAGCAAGUCAGUAGCGAGGACCCUGGAGGAUUUGACGCUUGACUCGGGUUAUGGUGGAGCCGCCGACUCCUUCAGGUCUUCCAGUGCGUCGCUGUGCUUAUCAGAGGCACAUGGGGGGAAUCACUGGCAUUUAACCGACUCGAUGCACAGUCGACACAACAGUUUGGACACUGUUAACACGGUCUUGGUCGAAGACGCCGAGAUCCUGGAGAGCACCGAGCAGUGUGCUAAACUACCCGAGCUUGAGGAUGUGCCGUGGAGCCUCGGGGAACUGGCGAGCGCACUGUGCAGGGACAAGGAGAUGACCCUGCCGCCCCCCCCGCAGGACGUCCUGCUCAGGCUUUCGGAGCUGGUCAGCCGGGCCCUGGUCAGGGUCGCAAAGGAGUCGCAGCGCCUGAGUUUGCGCUACGCCAAAUGCACCAAAUACGAGAUCCAAAGUGCCAUAAAGAUCGUCCUGUCAUGGAGCGUGUCGAUGAGCUGCAUCAGCGCGGCCCUCAGUGCCUUGUCCCUGUACAACAUGAGCACGGAGGAUGACAAGUUCAGCCGCGGUAAGUCGGUGCGCUGUGGACUCAUCUUCAACGUGGGAAAGUUCUUCAGGUGGAUGGUGGACGGCAGGAUCGCGGUCAGGAUCCACGAGCACGCGGCAAUCUACCUGGCUGCGUGCAUGGAGAGCCUCUUUCGCGAGGUCUACGCGCGGGUGCUGCGCAGCGCGCUGCUGGAGCGGGAUAACGGGAUCCCCAAGUUUACUGUGGAAACCCUGGACCAGGCCGUCAACACUGACGCAGAGAUAUGGGGGUCUCUGCAGCCCUGGCAACACCUGAUAUGUGGGAAGAAUGCAAGUGGUGUGCUCAGCCUACCUGAGGGUCUGACUCUUCACAGGGACCAGCAGCUGCAGCAGCGAGCGGGGAAGAGCGGAGAUGGAAACGCCUACAGUCACUCUGAGCUGCGCUCCAUCGAACAGUGUUUACUGGCUACAAGAGUGGGCAGCAUCUCUGAACUCAGUGACAUAGUGUCCCGGGCCAUGCACUACCUACAGCCGCUGUACAUGAAGAACCCCAACAAUGGGACGCCGAUCCACCAGAAGAGCGGAGUGAUCUACUGGGCGCCCGAGGCCAUCUACACACUGUGUUACUUCAUGCACUGCCCUCAGAUGGAGUGGGAGAACCCCAACGUUGAGCCUUCGAAGGUCACCUUACAGACAGAGAGGCCGUUCUUGGUGCUGCCGCCCCUGAUGGAGUGGGUGCGCGUGGCAGCGGUUCACACGGAGCACAGACGCAGCUUCUCUGUGGACAGCGACGAUGUUCGGCAGGCUGCCCGCCUCCUGCUGCCCGGAGUGGACUGUGAGCCGCGCCAACUCCGAACGGAUGACUGCUUCUGUGCCUCGAGGAAACUGGACGCUGCCUCUACUGAAGCGAAGUUCCUGCAGGAUUUGGGCUUCCGUAUGCUCAGCUGUGGACGCACAGACUUGGUGAAGCAGGCUGUCAACUUGCUGGGGCCUGAUGGUAUCAACAGCAUGAGUGAGCAGGGGAUGACCCCGCUGAUGUACGCUUGUGUCCGUGGAGACGAGGCCAUGGUGCAGAUGCUGCUGGAUGCGGGGGCUGAUAUUAACAGCGAGGUGCCAAACUCAGUGCACAAGCAUCCCUCAGUCUUUCCCGAAACGCGGCAGGCGACGCCCCUCACUUUCGCUGUGUUACACGGACAUGUGCCCGUGGUGCAGCUGCUGCUGGAUGCCAAAGCCAGUGUGGAGGGGUCCCUGCAGGACGGCAUGGAGAACUACACAGAGACCCCGCUGCAGCUGGCUGCUGCUGCAGGUAACUUUGAGCUUGUGAGUUUGCUGCUUGAGCGGGGGGCGGACCCCAUGGUGGGAACCAUGUACCGCAAUGGCAUCUCCACCGCGCCGCAGGGAGACUUGAACUCCUACAGUCUGGCAGCUGCCCAUGGACACAGAAAUGUGUUUCGUAAGCUGCUGUCACAUACAGAGAAAGGGAAAGGGGACGUCUUAUCCUUGGAAGAGAUCCUGGCAGAGGGUUCGGAGCUGGAAGCUAAAAGUCCGUCUCACAUUGACCUGAUCCGAACUGGGAAGGCCAAACUCAAAGCCCUGAAAGAAGCCAUGUACCACAGUUCAGAACAUGGGCAUGUAGACAUCACCAUAGAUAUACGGAGCCUCGGGGUUCCAUGGACUUUACACACUUGGAUGGAGUCUCUGCGAACGUGUUUCCAUCAGCAACGCCGACCUCUGAUCCAAGGUCUCCUCAAAGAGUUCAGCUGCAUCGAGGAAGAGGAGUACACUGAGGAGCUCAUCACGCAUGGCUUGCCACUCAUGUUCCAGAUCCUUAGAGCCAGCAAGAAUGAGGUGAUCAGCCAGCAGCUGUCUGCAAUCUUCACCCAGUGUUACGGCCCUUACCCCAUCCCCAAACUAGCAGAGAUCAAGAGGAAGCAGACGUCACGCCUGGAUCCUCAAUUCCUGAACAAUAAAGAGAUGUCAGAUGUGACCUUUUUGGUGGAGGGGAAGCCUUUCUACGCCCACAAAGUCCUGCUCUUCACAGCUUCCGGCAGGUUUAAAACUCUUCUUGCAAACAGACCUUGCGGUGAAAACACCUGCAUUGAAAUCAGCAAUGUGAAAUAUCACAUUUUUAUGCUGGUGAUGCAGUAUCUCUACGCGGGGGGGGCCGACGCUCUGCACAUCAGGAACACUGACAUCAUGGAGCUUCUGUCUGCAGCCAAGUUCUUCCAGCUGGAGGCUCUGCAGCGGCACUGUGAGAUCAUCUGCACCAAGAACAUCAACACUGAAACCUGUGUGGAGAUCUACAACCACACCAAGAAUCGUGGGGUUGCUGGUCUGCCGCUGCCAUCAUUGUUUCUUGGCGCUCCAGACUUGGCGUCCUAUAUAGAGGGCUACUUCCUAAAGAACAUGUUAAUCCUGAUCGAGUUGGAGCCAUUCAAACAGCUGCUGUACGACACGCCUCCAGAUAGCCCCGGCUCUGACAUCCUGCAGGACCUGGAGAAAACCCUGGCCAUCCGCAUCCAGUCCAUCCACCUGUCCUCCUCCAAGGGAUCCAUCGUCUGAUCUCCUUCUGAACACAGGACCAGAGAAUAUUUAGCAGAGACAUGACACUGUAUUGACAUGAUAGAAAAAGAUAAGACAUUUAUCUCUGUGAAGCUCAUCAGUUGCUAAUAAGCUUUUGUUAUCAUUACACAGAUACUCUGUCUGUCUGCCUUGUUGAUAUCUAUCAACUAGUAUUGAAGUAACAUACAAUGACUGUCAUAAGAUAGCUGCCACAGUUUGCCAAUAACAUCCCAUCCCUGUAACAAUGUCCCUCAUACAGCUAAGUAGAACAGUCUGUGUGUUACAUGUUUAACUAAAUGGAUCAGGUGGUACUACGGAGACACAGAGGGAGAGCAACAAUCAGCAUCAGAAUACAAUGUUGAGAUGAUGAACAACCUCAGCGUAAUGUGAUAAGCCAUCAGUGUAUAACUUCCUGGCUCUGUGAGGAAGAACUGCUGUGAAUACUUGCUUAAACUUGUGGACUUGUACAGAGUACUUAUUUGUAUAUUUGUCAGUCACUUUGCAUUAUCUGUGCUGAUUAGUCCUUAAAGCCAAACAAGACAAACAACUGACAAGAAGCUGUAAUGUGACUGAUGCAAAGAGGGACUUUCACCAUGUGACUUUGGGCAACAUGAGUGGGAAAGAGGACUUCCCCUGUGUAAAUAUUGUUCAUAAGAAACAGAGCUAUUGAUAAUGUAACUUAAUGUGUAUAUAUAUAUAUAUAUAUAUCCACGGAUGUUUUCUCAUGUGUCUUACUGUUGGAUAUCGCUGUAAAAACAAGAAGCUCAUCUUUUAAAUAUCUAUGUUUAAAUGUUGCAUGUCAGAGGGAUGACUGUGUUUCGUUCUUUUCUGUUUUGAGUAUUACUUUGAAGAGCUGUUCCACGCCUAAACGACUGAAAGUAGAGUGAGGAUCUUUUUGUCAUCAGCAUGGGUCACUAAAUGUUAUGGUCACAUGGUGUCGUCAUUUCUUUGUGUGAGAGGCUCCAGGCCUGUCUAGUCCUGAACUGGGAACAUUGUUUUUCAGGGAUUGUGAGAUCACAUGGCUUGUAUACUGUGUGUGUGACUUGAUAUCUCUUUCCUCUAUAAAGAUUAAUAUAAAGGAUACUAUGAAUCUGCU